AUGGAAUCAAGCGUCUGUGCCCAAGUUGGAACAGAUUGGACUUCAGUUUUAAAGAAAAGAUCAUUAUUUAGGGAAGCAUUCUCAGAAUUUGAAGCAGAAACUGUGUCAGAGUUUAUGGAUUUAAAGAUCACAACAACUAGUAGUUCUUAUGGAAUGGAUGUUGGCUUUAUCAGAGGUGUUGUUGACAACUCUAAGUGUAUUCUUAAGAUCAAGAAAGAAUUGGGGUCUUUCGACAAGUACAUAUGGGAUUUUGUUAAUCACAAGCCCAUAAUGACAAAAUACAAAGUACAUCACAAGAUGCCGGUGAAGACUUCUAAAUCGGAAGCUAUAAGCAAAGAUAUGUUGAGGAGAGGAUUUCGGCAGGUGGGCUCUACAAUGAUCCAUUCAUUCAUGCAAGCUGCAGGGCUCACCAAUGAUCACCUCACCACUUGCUCACGCCGCAAUUUAUGUGCUGCCUUGGUGCCAUGCGCUCCCAGUCCAUCAUCAACCAGUAUCUAA